AAAAUUAACUAUUUCUUUGCGCUAUCUGUUGUUAUCCGUUUUUGGAAUUUAUCCGACAAUAAUAAUCACUAGAGAACGCUAUGAUAUUAUAGCAAUUAAUUGCCAAGGGAACCACAUAACUUUAACAGGAAAUAGUAAACAAACAAACUUAGACAAAAUGUUUCAAAAUUUUCCAAAACGAACAGGCGUUUACAAUAUUCGUGACAAUAUUGAAUGUCUUGAAUUGGAAUUGCACUUUCGACACAUCAACUCAUUAUUGAAACUGCCCAAGUUUGAUUUGGCGCACAUUAAUGCACCAAACAAUAGUACAAGUGUCCCCUCUAAAAAAUACGAUGAGACUUUUGGUCUAGCUGAAAAUGUGACUUCUGUCACACGUAUACAUUGGCAAGAAAAGCUGCUUAGCCCUAGUGAAGUGGAGUUGUAUAAGGAUGCACGCAAUUGUGUUACCGACGCUCAAAAAGGUUAUAAUCAAUGGAUAUUAGAGCUCGAGGCAGAAGAGGACUCCGGUAAUGCGCUGACUGUAGUUGAAGGGGGCAAACAUAGCCGAAAAAGUAAGCGCAGUAAAAACUUACCAAAAACAGAGAAUAUAUUGAAGAAGCGGUGGGGGGAAAUAUUCACCUAUACUCAUGCGGACAACUUUAAACCGGAACACUCUGAACAAUCGAGACACGCCACUGAAAGUGAACAACGGGGCCGCACAUCUGAUGUCCAUGAAGCACUUAUACGAAGAAUGUAUGUUUAUGCAGCUAUAUUACCGGACACUCAGCUAGUAUCGCUUCUUUGGGACCCAAAACUACGACAAUUACGAAUUUAUCCCGAUUUCAACGUUUUUACCGAGAAUCCUUAUUACAUCGAAAUAGAUACUGAUUACCGACACUUAUACGCCUACGCAAUACACAACAUUUCGAAACGUAGAUGUGCUAUAAGUCCUGCGCCUUACUUGCAAUUACCAGAAUGGGUCACACACUGGCAGGAAGAGCGUGAUUUAAACAACCUUUUUGCUAUGCCACCAAAGCGUACAAGACGCAUAUGCCUGCUAUUUGAGCUUCGUACAGCCGCUGGUUUCAGCUAUGCCAAUAUUCACGCACGUUAUCAUGUUCAGUUGCCAGCAAAUACCUUACUUGAAGAGGGUGUACUGCAUGGUAGCACCCAUACCAGCUCUCCCAGUCACAACAACAACGAAUGCUACUUUGGCUACAAUUGGCAAAUAACACUGCUGUGUGAAGAAGAAUUUAAUCCUGCUCAUUUGUUCCACAUUUAUUUCGAGCUCAUAUCUAUCGACAGUUGGGGACGUGAACGCAUCGAAGGAUACGCCCACUAUUCUACAUAUCUUUUGGCUGGAUGGAAUUCGGAGGUAUUGCAGUGUUUGCGCCCAGCUGAAGGACUUAUAGAAGCAAUUUCACGCUAUUUAAUUGGGGGUCGUCGAAGCUUUGACUUUAUGCGUUUCUACACAGACGAUUCCACAGAUAGUCAGUGUAAAACUCGUUAUGGCUGCCGUAUGCAAAGUACAGGUCAGAUUGAGCUCACUUGUCAGCGUUUCACGCAACGUAACUGUGAACUACUGCAGCCGUGCUCUAAUAGAGCAAGUGGAAUGACUUUGGAUGACAUAAUGUUGGCAUAUCGAGAGGCUCGCAGACGUCUAGAGGCUGUAGUUUUAAAGUGAUUUUAAAAAGAAAUAAAAUGAAAUAUUUGUAAAUUUUGA